AAUGAGAUGUCCACAGUGGACUUUUAAGAAUGGCAUGCUUGUGAUGCACUAUGGACUUGUGUCUGCCCUUCCUGAUGUCCAAUUUAAGGAAAGAUUGUUGUGGACGGUUUCCUGCUAAAUUUAAAUAAAACAAAUAUUCAGUAAUGAGGGAUAAAUCAAGUGAAAUAUAUGGUAUAGACAAAUAUAUAGUAUACACAUUUCUUGUUCUUCAAUCAUUUAAAAUCGAUAACAUUGUUGCGAGUCAGUGCAAAACAAAUAUCAGUUCAAUUUGAAUUGUGUUGAUCUCACUGCAAAUUCCCACUGUGUGUGUAAAGCACUCAUUGUCACUGCAGAUGUUGACAUUGAUCUGAUACCAAGUAAAUACAGGACCGAUAUCACCAAUAUCGUUGAAUGAUUUUGUGAUUUUACGUUUAACUAGUUGAUUCUAAUCAUAAUAAAACACAGGAUAAUUGUCGGUAAACAGAAAUAUUUUAUCAUCAAGCUUGUUUGGGAACUAUUUAACAAUAUCUAAAUAGAACAACAAAAUAAGACCAGUAUUCUAUUACCGAUACAUUCAAUUGAGCAACGUAAAGUAAAACACAUUAACAUGAACAACCCAACCUAGAAGGACACCUACAUUUAUGAUAAUAAACAUAGAAAAAUUCAUAAAUACAACGUUAGUAUGGAUUCAAUACUAAUACUACCCCUUGUAUUGAUAUUCGAUCCGCUUUCCACUACCCACUGUCCUGCCAAGGCUGUUGUUAUCGAAUCCGACCGCUUCGGGGCGACAACGUCACUUGCACUGCGUGUUGUGCAUGUACGUGGUCUCGUUAAGCAAACGUCACCAAAACAACAAUGAAAGCGAUCAUCCAGAGAGUUACCAGAGCUUCUGUGACAGUCGGAGACGCGCAAAUCAGUUCAAUAGGACGAGGUGUGUGUGUGCUGCUGGGAAUAUCAGUGGAUGAUACUCACGCAGACGCUGAGUACAUAGUACGUAAAAUCCUGAACCUGCGGCUGUUUGAGGAUGAAAACGGGCGGGCGUGGAGCAAAAGUGUCAUGGAGCGCAACUUUGAGGUGCUGUGUGUGAGUCAGUUCACGCUGCAGUGCAUCCUCAAAGGCAACAAGCCGGACUUCCACUCAGCGAUGCCCGCAGAGUUGGCGCAGCCGUUCUACGCCAGCAUCCUGGACAGUAUGAGGAGUGGCUACAAGCCUGAACUUGUUAAAGGAAACCUGUGCAUGACAACAUUUGAAGUCGGCCGCAACUUCUUUUUCGGACCUCAAUGAACAAUACCGCCACACGGCCGACGUCAUGCCUACCCCAUGCUGCUUUGUUAGUACUGUACGUUAGCAUGCGCUGCUGUUGUGACCAUGUCUGCGCUAUCCGGCCGCUGCUUGAUAGAUGUGCUGGGGCGGAGUCUGGAGUUGACCGUUUGUAUCAGAGUGCCAGUAUUGGAGAUUUUAGACGCAGGCCGAUAUCGACCCGAUAACCUCUCUCACUAUCGGAUCUGGACGCCCCUAAUGGUGACUCAAGACUUUUGUACAGUAGCUACAUGCAAAACACAAACAAAGUCACACACACCAAUGUAAAAAUGAACAAAAUGCAAAUAUACUGCACAUUAUCCCUUGUUUAUUGCGAUUAAUUAAUCAUUAAUUCCACACCCGACCGUGAUAAGUGAAUUUCCACAAAUUAGGAUUCCUUAUUUGUGAAUGGAACAUUUAUGUAGUUUGAACAUAGAAACCUGUUUAUGACCUUCUAAAUACGUUUCUUAAUAUUAUUAGGGCCAUCUAGACAUGAAAUAACACCCCUGUAGUCACCUUUACCUCCUAUUAUCUAACAUAGUAGACCUAAUUCCAGUAAAUAUGACGUUCUCGUUGGUAGCGUUGGUAGGCUGUUUAUAGUUUAUGGCUGUUUAUGGCUGUUUUGUUCUUCCUGUUCUGUACAGUACUUGUCUCAUCAAUGUAACAUUACUGACACCUAGCAGCCAGUGUAGAGUACUACAUUUCAUCAUGUCUUUGAAUGCAUAUUCUGAAUGCCUUAUAUUAGUAUUGUACGUCAUUUAGCCAUUUCAAUGCUUGAAAAAUAGCUUAAUUUAGGCAAAAAAUAUGUAAAAUUUGUUUAAAUAUGCAUAUUAUUAAUUAUUAGUGAAUAUAUUUUAGGAAAACUGAAAGCAAAGCCGUGGUUGUGGCUAUUUCUUUUGAGUGUGGCCUAAUCCUUUGGCAUGUCCUCAUCAAAUCACAAACCAGGUGUACACACACACGUCACACAGUACGACGGGCUGGUGAGUUGGUGCAACAAUAAGUAUGGAGAGAAAAAAAAAAAUUAGGACACACAAACAUUAAUAUAAAAAAUAUAAAAAUGUCACAGUAGCUGAACAGCAGGAGCAUGCCCCGUUGUCAGGCAUGCGUACAAGCACGUGGGGGCCACACAAACUACUGAGAAUCAUUUUGAGUUGCUAUAAUGACAUUUUAGCAAAAUGGACCAGUGUGCUGCAUCAUUUCUUCACUUUCAUUUUUGGGGUGUCUUUGAUUUCCUCCCUCUAUAGGGUGAUCAUUUUUAUUUAUAUAUAUAUAUAUAUAUAAAAUAAAAAGUUAAAAUAACAGACUAGUAACGAACGGAAAAGAAGACGGCUUUUUUAUGUGGAACAACUGACAGUUUGUGUGGAUCUUGUGAAUGAUUGUGACUGAGCUAGGACUCAGUAAUUAAAGUCUACACACGACAGCUUCAUUGAUUGAAAAACGAAACUUUUUCGUGCAUGAAGCUUCUACUUGAGUUGGUAAUUUGGCCGCUAUAUGCGGUCAGAUAUUGACCAAGGGAGACAAAAUGGGUGGCCGCUGGCCGCGUUGGACAGGUGACUGCUAUACACAGGGUCUAUAACAUGUAAAUUUGC